CCCCAGAAUGUUUAUGGUAAUGGAAACAUUUUCUCGGUAGUUCCUGCAAUUGCCCAUUACAUCAUCUCUCGAACCCAGAAAUAUAUCCCCCAUCUCCGGAAUUUUCUCGGUUAUCUGGGAAACUUUCCUCAUAGUUUUCAGGAAAAUGUGCCUCUCUGAAAGUCAUUUACCUAAGCCGUAAGUUUCCUGCAAAAUCAUGCUUUGGGAAUUAAUUUUAGAUAAAAUUUCAAUUACGGCUUUCAGAAAGUUCUGGGUUUCAAGGAUUCCGGCUAACGGAGAAGGCUGCUGUUCCUACCAGAAAUCAGUUUCAAAUGCGAAUUGAUCCUGUAACACUUGGACCUCAUUUUCCAGUUACCCUGCAAUGGAACUUGUUGUAGCUUAUCUGCAUGAUCGAGCUUUACGACGUGAACGAAGGUAUCGGGACCCUUUGGAUCCCAUAAAUAUAAGCGAUGAAAAUCUAAUUAGAUAUUAUAGGUUUCCUCGAUGUGAAAUUCUAAGACUGUGUGAAGAGUUAGAUCCAUUUUUAAGGCGUAGAACGAGAAGAUCUCAUGCUGUUCCCAUACACACGCAAGUGUUAGUUGCCUUAAGAGUUUACGCCAGUGGAACCUUUCAACAUGUACUUGGUGAUACAGUUGGUCUUACCCAAGCUAGUGUCAGUAGAAUUAUUAGAGAUGUGACCCAAAUUCUCACAGAAAGGGCAAGAUUUGAAAUAAAGAUGCCAACAGGUAAUGUACAAAUAGCAAGAACUGUGCAAGGUUUUGCCAGAAUAAGAAACCUUCCAAGAGUCAUUGGUGCAAUUGAUGGAACACACAUACCCAUAAAAGCCCCAAUUGAAAAUGAAGGAACAUAUGUAAACAGGAAGCGAUACCACUCUCUCAAUGUACAAGUAGUAUGUAAUGCCGAUGGGUUGAUCACAAACUACAGCACCAAGUAUCCAGGUUGUAAACAUGACGCCUUCAUCUGGGCCAACUGCUUACUUCGCCGUCGCUUUGAGGCUGGUGAUUUUGGUGAUAAUUAUUUGAUUGGUGACAGUGGGUACCCAUUAGAGGCAUUCCUCAUGACACCAUUCAGAAACCCCUCAACCCCUGGAGAAGUUAGGUAUAACAACAGCCAUACCAAAACCCGCGUAGUUGUAGAGCAAACUUUUGGUGUCCUAAAAUCACGAUUUAGAUGCCUUCACCGUUCUGGUGGAUCACUUCAAUACGAUCCUUCCAAAUGUGCCAAAAUUGUAAAUGCAUGUUUCCUUCUUCACAAUUAUUGUUUAAUGAGAAGGGUACCACUUCCCCACGACAUGGUCGACGAUGAUGGAGAGAUUGACAAUCCAGCUGAAGCUGUAGCAGGGACAGGCCAAGCAGUCAGAGCCAAUGUAGUCCAUAAUUGGUUUACUGGAUGAAUUAAAAUCAAAUAUCAAUUCACCAAUACAUUUUUCCUCUGUUUAAAUAGUAUUUUUUAGUGCAGUAUACAGAGGUAAUGCGAAUAAAGCGUACAUUGAUUUAACUUUUAUUUUCAAUAUACUGUACAUAAUAAAAUAAACUUCUUUAUAGAAAUUAAA